AGAGGGGUCAGUAUAUCUACCCCGUAUUUUUGUGUGCUGCCCCAUCAUAGAGCAGCAAGGAUACUGCUUAGUCCUGAUCCAGCUACCACUGAAAUAUGGCACCCAAGAAAGCAAAGAAAAGAGCAGAGGGAGCCGGCUCCAAUGUCUUCUCCAUGUUUGAACAGGCCCAGAUCCAGGAGUUCAAAGAAGCUUUCACCAUCAUGGACCAAAACAGAGACGGUUUCAUUGACAAAAACGACCUGAGAGACACUUUUGCAGCUUUAGGCCGUGUAAAUGUCAAGCAAGAGGAGAUUGAUGAGAUGCUGAAGGAGGCACCAGGGCCGAUUAAUUUCACUGUCUUUCUCACCAUGUUUGGAGAGAAACUGAAAGGUGCUGACCCAGAGGAGACCAUUCUCAAUGCAUUCAAAGUCUUCGAUCCAGAGGGAAAAGGAGCGUUAAAGAAAGACUUUGUCACAGAGAUGCUGACGACCCAGGCAGACAGGUUCUCCCCUGAAGAGAUGGAACAGAUGUAUUUGGCUUUCCCUCCAGAUGUAGCAGGAAACCUGGACUACAAAAACCUGGUCUAUGUCAUCACACAUGGCGAAGAAAAAGACCAAGAAUAGAGCAAUUUUUCCUGAGACUUCCCUCUGGACUUUAAAAUCAAAGUGUCCUGUUUGUGCCAAGAUAUAUGCAUAUGAGUGUACAGACAAUAGAACAUUUCAGCUUCAAUGUUGUUGUUUUUCCAGAACCAUGCAUUAAUGUAUUAAUUAUGUGUAUGUAUGGGGUAAUUAUUACACUAUAUUUUUCUGAAUGAAUAAAGGAAAGGAGGGUUCACAUCA